GACGGGGCGCCCGGAGAGGCUCCGCGGGCAGCGCAGGCAGCAGCGGCGGCAGAAGCAGCACCACCACCACCAUCAGCAGCGAUCUCUCGUCCUUCCCUGGCCAUGGGGCUUGGCGGCCCCCCUGCCCCCCGCACCCCGCUGCUGCAAACUGCUCUCCAUGGGUUAAAUGGACAUCAAAGCACGUCUAUCAGCUGGAACAUACAUCCCCGGAUGAUUUGAUCCUUCGGGAACUAACUUCCAAGGAAAAAAUAUAACUACUCUCUUCUUUCUGCAGUUCCACAUAAAAAACCUAAAUUUUAAUGCUGAUAUUGUUCUCCUCUGAAUCUUCUGGUCUGUGGAAGGGCAAGAAGGUUCAACUUCAUUGAACCCUCAUCAGGAGAGGUUAGCUGCAAGUCACGGAGAGGUGGAAGAGAUUUGGAAGCACGGUGAGAAGGUGAAAGAAAAUAUCCAGUUUUGCUUUUUUAAAGACCAUUUGGGGGAAAUGGAUCUUCUUCCCUUAUGGAUGGAGGUAGUGGAGUUGGUAUGUGCAGCCUAAGCCCAGGGUGGUAACUGGCAGGUGCCUGCAGCACCCUUUCCUUUUUGCCUUACGUUGGACCCUACAUCGUGCUUGGCCAGCGGCAGCGGCAGAACCCGAGUGGAAAGAUGGUUGUCGCAAGGAGGAAGAAUGUGAAAGUGUUUACCUUCGCCUUUUUGCUCAUCACGGUAACAUCGUUUCUGCUGAACUACACGCAGCAGGCGACUACGACCACCUGGGAUCUGAGACAUCUCAUCAUGCAGUUUUUAGAGCAAGUCCAAAAACUCUUCAAGUACCCCAGGAGACCAUGCAGCUGUCGCACAUGCAUUUCUGAGCUGGGACAUUCCCUCUGGUUCGAUCAGAGAUUUAAUUCAACUAUGCAACCUUUCCUGACCUCACAGAAUGCCUUGAUCCCAGAGGACAGCUACAGGUGGUGGCUGAAAUUGCAAGGAGAGAAAGCUCCGAAGAACAUUAAUGCUACUCUCAAGGAUUUGUUUAAGCUCAUUCCUGGAGAUGGGGAUCCACUGCAGGAGCGAGGCACCUACACGUGCAAACGGUGCGCGGUCGUGGGCAACUCUGGGAACCUCCUGAAGUCUCAGUAUGGCCAAGAUAUUGACUCCCAUGACUUUGUGCUCAGAAUGAACCGUGCCCCCACCACUGGCUACGAACCAGAUGUUGGGAGCAAGACCACUCAUCACUUCGUUUAUCCUGAGAGCUACAAAGACCUGGCAGAAAAUGUGAGCAUGAUCCUGAUCCCCUUCAAAACCCUGGACCUGCGCUGGGUUAUCACCGCUCUCACCACAGGCACCAUCAACUUCACAUAUAUUCCAGUUCCACGGAAAAUCAAAGUCAAAAAAGAAAAGAUCCUGGUUUAUAAUCCAGUUUUUAUGAAAUACGUCUAUGAGAACUGGGUCCAGCAUCAUGGGAGAUACCCCUCCACAGGCCUUCUGACUUUGAUAUUUGCACUCCACGUAUGCGAUGAGGUGAAUGUGUAUGGUUUUGGAGCAAACAGCAAAGGACAUUGGCAUCACUACUGGGAAAACAAUGCUUUAUUAGCUGGGGCUUUCCGGAAAACAGGUGUCCAUGAUGCAGAUUUUGAGUCCAAUAUAACUAUGACUCUUGCCUCCAUUGAAAAAAUAAAUUUUUUCAAGGGCAGAUGACCCUGGCCACGGGGAGAAAUGGGGGCUGCAAUUUCCAACAUGCAGCAGAACAAAGCUCAGUGAAGAUGAUCUGAGCGCCAGCCAGAUUUGAAUGCGUGAAUCUGCGGUGGAUUCGGAGCAUCUCACUGCUGCAGUGCUCACCGCAGGGAGCUCAGCUGAGGACCAGCUUCAGUGCUGCACAUGUUUUUCUAUCUACAGAUAGCUGGGAACUACCAAUCGGUUGUGGGAAUAAACAAAUCUCUGCUUAGCCUCUACGGCUUGAUUUCUGAAUUACUGAUGAAAGAUCUCUCUGUUGCAACUAGGGGAAACCUGGGCACAAGAACUGCAGUUUGUGUGUCCAUUCUUCCCUUGAACAAGGCAGGAGAUCCUUGAAGAAGAGUGAAAAUGACUUCUGGGAAUUGUAACCCACUAGGGCAGCUGUGAACAUCAUAGUAAGGAUUACCUCAAAGAAAUGAAUUCACUUCUGCUGUUGAUCUUCAUUUUGAACUGUCUCUUCUGUUUCCUCUAUUACUUCUGGUUUCAUGCUGUCUUAAGCAAAAAAGUGAUGAGGUUGCCUGGAGUAGAAAAUAUUUCAGCCGUUGCCUCAUUCUGCAUUGAUAGUGUCUAGAAAAUAGAAAUCAAAUCAUCUCUGAUCACAUAUUAUUUAAUAUUGGUUCCUAUACAGCCAUAAUGAAAGAAAAAACAAUACUGAAAACUCCAGCAAAAAAAUGGCCUUUUUAGCCACUUGUUUGUUUGUCUUUUUUUGGUUAUAUAUAAUUCUUCUUUCUUUUUUUUUUUUUUUGGUGGAAAAUACUCUGGAAUGCUCCUUUUUAUUUAAUCAGUUUAAGGUUUGCAAGUGGACUCUUUUCUUUCAGUCAUUUAUAUGUGCCUUUUAUAAUUGUGCAACAGAUGUGAUUUUUUUUAAAAGAUGACAACUCUAAAUUAAACUUUUUUAUAAAAGGGGGAAAAAUUAACCAAAGUUUAGCCUCCACAUGGUGUACUUUUGUAGUCAAAACCAAUAAUAACAGCUCCUAUAUUGUAUUUGAGAAAAUGCAAACAUGACACACAAUAUAAAGGUAGCUUUUACCUUUUUUAUGGGAAAAUUUCCAAAAGUUCCAAGGAAACUUUUCCUCUUAUUUUUUUACAAAUUUAGGAAGUGGUAUCUCUUUACAAGGUCUCUAUCUGAAAUGGAAGAAAUAUCACAGGUUGGGAUAUCAGCUAGCAAUACACUAGGAAACUUUUGCCCUGUAGCAGCAUCUACAAGGACACAAUCUACACAAGCUGAUCCUACAGUGUAAGCCAGACUUCAAAAUUAUGUGCAUCUCUGGAGAAAUGAGUGUAUUAAUGUCAGUACCUCUAGGCAGCAAGAGGAGGGAAGUGACAGUGGAGAUUGUAUAUCCACAAAUCUUUGCUGGAGUCAAUGCGUUUAUUCCUUGAGGACAGAUAAAAUAUGAAUCCAAGAACAAAGUUCAGGUAGUGAAGAAUGGAGAACAGUGGCUUUUUCUUCCUGAUACCAUGAAAAUAGGAUUCAUGGAUCAUUGGACCCAUUCUCAGCUCUGGUGAAGCCAAUGUUGCUCUUGACACAGACUUCAAGGGACUUCAGAUAAGGCUUGGAAAAUAUAGCAUAUUUCAUUUUUAAUGGAUUACAAUGGUUGGGGUUUGUGGCAAUUUAGAAAUCAUCAUCUAAAUGACUCAUCUUUCAUGCACCAGUUAUGGCAGCAUAUUGAAGCACAUAAGUAUUUGAGUUCAAAGAAAACCUAGCCCUUCAACCACUGAAAUGCUUCAGUCCAAGGUUUAUCCCCUUGUCUUUCCAUGACAGUUGUUAGCAGUGAGCUUACCUCUAAGGCAGCAAUUCAUGGCACAAUGACACAGUCAGCUGGAAUAUCCCUAUUUUGGGCCAGAGCACCAUUUGCCAAUGCAGACUGCUUUACCCACAUGAAUAUUACUGGACUUGCAGCAUAUAAACAGCUGAGGAUGCCAAACGUCUGUGCGGCGAACUGAGGUCCCUUCACAGUACCUACGUGACCCUUCAGUUUAGUAAUAUGAAAAGGGCAGGAUUUUCAAAUCCUCAUGCUGAGACCUGUUCGUGAUCCUGAUGUCAAGAAGCCCUUUCCCAACAUGGUGGCCAGCAGAACUACUCACCUGCAUGUCACAGGCGCAGCAAAUUCAAUGGGCUUACUGUCUUCUCCAUGUACUUUGUAAAAGAAUGAAACAUUUCUACCUGAACCAUGAUUAUUUGUUUGCUUUAAGCAUUUAAGCAUUUUGUUUAAAUCGUUGAUCAAUAUGCUUCUGGUGAUACGUCACAGUAAUGAAAGCAAAGCAACUUAAAGAGGAAAAAGACUCCAUGGAUAUCCAAUGGUAUCUUCACUCUGUGGCUGGAUUUUGGAGAUACUUUUUUCAUCAUGAUCUUCAACAAUUUUAAUCUCUUUUUUCUCAUGGCCAGACAUCAGCAAUUCAGAAACAUUUCAUUGCUGUUUUAGUCAUUUUUAGAAAGACUUGGAAGAAAACCUUUUUUUUGGUACCUAAAUCUCUUUUUUUUUUUUUUUUUUAAUCAGAAGUGGCAGUUUAGGAUCAAUGAAAGUGGUAAAAAAAAUCAGCUCUCUUCUAGCCUGUGCUGUUCUGAAAGUUUCCUUUUGCUAUCUGAAUUAAAUUUCCAAUUUUCCCCUGAAUAAUCUGCCUCUGAUAGUAGAUAUGAAACAUCCUGGCUCAUACUAUUGUGGAUAGAUUUGGUGUCUUCAUCAUCGAACAAGAUGCAAUUCACAUUUAAUUUUCUUGCUGACAGCAAGCAGUAACUGUGUACCACUAGUGUCCAUUUUUUGCAGUGUGAGGAGAGCAGAGUGGACCUUUCUAGCUGUAGGAUGAGCAAUAGUCUGCGCCAUCACGUUUCUAUUCCAGAGGAAUUUUUUCUAGAGUCCUUUAGACAACUGACUGUUGUGUUAGAUCUUUAUCUCAGUUUCUGCUCUUUCAAAUGCCUUCAGAAUAAAGAGAUACCAACAGGUGAUGCUGAGGGAAGAAUUCAUUCCCACAUUGUUAAAGACUGUCUGUGUUCCUGCUAGAAACUUUUUGGGUUUAUUUUGUUUAAAAAAACAACAACAAAGGAAAAAACAUUUAGCAACAUGUCAAGGUUUCAAACUCUUGAACUGUAUUUGCCACCAAUGGAAAAUCUCUGAAGCACUCCUUGAGUAUGUAUUGUGUUUUUUACCAAAGCCAAAUCUCCCAAGCACUUUUUUUCUCCCAUAAUCAGAUUUUCUUCCUAUUUUUAUUUGACUACACAAUCAAUUAUUAUAACUUUUUUUUCUCCGAUGUUGGGGAAUCUCACUCAAUCAUUCUUUGACAUUUUAUUUAUUAAAUUUUUCA